AAACUAAGCCUGCGUCUAAAGCGCCACCUCUCAGGCUGCACACUCCGGGCUGCAUUCACUCCCCGGGUCUGCAGGCACCUCUUAUUCAAAGCGCAUUUGACUCGUCUCCGCGCAGCCCCGGACGUCGCUCUGCAGGAAUCAGCUAAUAUAACCUACGGAAAUCCAGCAGCCACCGUGCAUCUAAAAUACAGCUCUAGUCUAUAUUCCCUGGAACCAGCCAGCGGCAAACACUUUGUAGCCAGACAGCGACUGACCGGCUUGCUUUUCGCGAACAUGGGGCACCGAGAGAGAAACCCACUGGAGAAAGAGAGGAGAUAGAUCAAUUGAUAGAUAGAGAGGUUAUAAAGGGAAGGGGGAGGGAACAAAAACGCGUCGAUUGACCGCGGAACCCGGAGCAGCACCACAACAAGAUCUGACCUCGACCUCCUCGGACGGUGGGAAACUGAUUGUUGAAAUGGAGAUGUCGAGAUUUCCCAUUAUCCCGUCUCCUCCACCAACACACAUGCUGCUGAGGCUGAUGAUGAUGUUUGCGUAGGAGUGUUAUUUUGCGUGCAGCGCUGGUAAAGCAGUCUCUACUGUUCAAACAACUCCAGACAAGCGGUGGAUGGAACUGGGUUUGAGUGUGUGCCUGACACAUCUUUCCAGAGAUAUUAUUAGUAUUCUUCUUCUUAUAAUUAUUAUUAUUGGAGCUUUUUUUCGUCUUUGGAGUAUUUUCAGGUGUCUUUCUGCAAGUCUGGAAUUGGACAGAAAAUGUUUUGUCAUGCUAAUGACAAGAACGUGUCUGUAAAAGUAGUCAGCAAAGAAUAGAAUAAUAUUUAGAAAAGUAAGCCUAUGCUAUUUUGUCUUUUUUUUUAAUAAAAGAGGAUCAGUCCCAGUGGGGUUUAUUUGGACUGAAGUCAAGCUCAAUCUCUACUUAGAUAACUGGCACUUCAGUGUUUUGCUGAUUACUUAGCCAAGAUUGGGCGUUUAUUUCUUUUCUUUUUUUUGCUAUUGGUCUCAUUAUUCAUUGCCUGAGGUCAACACAAACUACAACCAGCAGAGGUCGAUACCUGAGCUUCAAGGAGCCACCACUACCCUAGAUGUGACCCGGUGAAUUCCUCUUAUCUCUGAAGGGUGUUGAUGGAGAGCCAUUCGAAUGACAGCCGGGACAGUGGUCAUCACUGGUGGAAUUCUAGCUACAGUUAUCUUACUCCUUAUCAUCGCAGUACUGUGCUACUGUAGACUGCAGUAUUAUUGCUGCAAGAAGGAAGAGUCCGAGUCGGAGGAGGAGGAGCCAGAUUUUGCGGUUACGUCCCGCCUUCCACCUGUCCACUCCAAUCACAACAUUGUGGCGGCGACGGCUGCCGCCUCCUCCAUCCCAAAUGGCCCCGCCCUUUUCUCCACCCCUCCACUGGCCAGGAAACUAACACGCUCACAGACCUUCUGUCCAUCCUGUACACACUAUGAGCUGCCUUUCUACCUCCAGCCCCCCCCUCAGCCGCAAAUCCAUCAUCAGCCAGAUGGGUUGAGAAACGGAGGUGACCGGAUCAUCUACCGAAGUGUCCAACAGCAGGAUCUGGACCUGCCAGUGCCUGUUAACAUUACAAACUACCGUAAACCAAACCUUGCCCGAUCGGUCACCAUGAGGGACAUGUUCACACGCAGCUGUAGCAUCAGCACUGAUGUUUGAAUUGGGGUGGCCUAGGCCGGACUGGGCUUGAGUCCGACUGUGUUUUUGUCAUCUUGACCAGUUUAGUCAAGUCUAGUGUGGUAUGAUCUAGUCAGGUCUUGUUCUACUAGUCACCUCUUGCAGAAUGGAGGACUCGGAUGGCUCUCAGGACAGGAGUUUUAAAGGUACUAUGCUCAGGUCCAGGACUUUACACUUGGGCCCAUAUAGAGUUUAAAGUAUUUAAAAAAAUAAAGAAAAAAAAAAACGUUAAAUUAUCAAUAACAUGAACUUCUUAUUGUUAUGUUUUGAAAAGCUCUUUUUUAACAACACCAAUGGAAUUUGUUUCACAAUUUGAUAGAAUUUGUUUAGCCCUACUUCUUCUGGACUCUUCUACCCAUGGCCUGAAAAAUACACAGAUUCCCGCCAUGUCAAAAUGACAUAACCGGCAGGGAUUUUCUCUCUGCCAUAGCUGCUACUGUACAAACAAAAUAUGAUUAGGAAAAGUCCAGUGAUUCCCUCUGAUGGGAUGAUCUGUCUGUUUCUCCAUCCACAGAUUAUAGAGAUUAUAAAAUAUCACUCACCAACAGUGGAGGAAGGGGGAUGUCAUGUUUUAGCUGCCACCCACUAGCGGUUUAGAUAGACUUAACUUUGGCCAUAAUAUUUGGCAUAAUAGACAUAAAGGGCUCACAGAAAAUGAAAUUCCUUGCUUGUUUUCCACAUCCUUUCAUAGAGGUCUCCGGUUUGAUGGGAGGCUGGUUUCUCUGAGCAUCUGCUGACAUCACAAAGUGUAUGUACUACACUUCAGCAGAGACAGACCUCUGAGUUCUUGCAAGCAGGGCAGACUAGGUGCCAAAGGGGGAUGGGUUCUUGCAUUUGUCUGCAUUUGUGUGACUGUGCUUGCAUGCAUGUGUGCGUGUGUGUAUAACUCAAUCAGUUGUUAUAACAGGAUUCUUUUUCCAUACAAUUAAACAAUCUGUCACCCCUAUGUGUACCAAACCUAGUGGUGGGUUGCAAUAACAUUUUAAACUUGUAAAGGGUGAAGGGAUUGUAUUAGUUUGACACUUUACCUUUAAAUUCAUGCUAAUGCCAGAUGAUGUGACUACAUUUAAUUUGUAAAUGUUUCUUUUACUGAUUAAUGCUAUAACACACUCAAGUUGUAGGUGGCAGUCAGAGGAGUAAAAUGUUUUUACAGCAACACUGAACUUUAGUGUGAUGUUUAGUUAAGUUAAUCACUGAAGAUGAAUUUUGUGGACUCCUCAGUGUAUAUUCCUUUUGUCAUCUCUGAUUUGUUGGUGUGUGGCAUCAUGGGCUAAAGACGAAUGUACCUUUAAAGGCACAUGUAUAAAUAUUUAACAGGCCAUAGCGUAAACUCCAGUGUCUCUCUUCUCUCGACUGAAUGGACUGAGGAAUAUUUGCUCUUCCUCUGAGGUACUCAGAGAGUUCCUUCCUGGGAUUGUUUUUUUUUUCUGCGCCGGGCUCACCGGCCUGGUUGGAGGGCUGAUUUUCUGAGUGGAGGAACAGUGGCUGAGUUUUAUGGACACAGGACACACAUUAAAUGAAUGAAAUGAUUGACUGCUUGAUUUCAAGAAGAAUUGCUUGUGGUUGUCUGAGGGGCUUGAAGCUGAUUGGAUUGUCCUUCUUGGACCUCCUCCCCCUCUCAAAAUGGAUGGUAAAUGCUGUAUCCCCCUCCCCCUUCUGUCUCUUUGUUGAUUUUAUCAGCAGUCAUGCUCAUUUAUAUUUCCAAAGGGUUAAACAGUGAGUUUUUCCUCUUGUGACGUGCUUUCCUGCAAAUACACUACUACGACACAAACAGACACAGACACACACACACACACACACACAGACAGACACAGACACACACACACACACACACAGACAGACACAGACACACACACAGUUCCCAGUGCUAUGCUUUCCUUACCUUUUAAACAGAUGUGACAGUUGCACAGGAAACAUUGUGCCAUAUAGAAUUAUGAGAGCAAUUUAUUAUUAUUAUUAUUACAAGUGUAUAUUCAAAUGCAGUGUUGCUUUUCCCUACAGUAUUUGAAUUACUUGCUUUAUUUUAUGAUCCAGCUGGGUUUUUUAGACACAGCAGAAAUGUUUCUGUCCUUGUUUCUAAUAUAUAACUAACAGAACCAUUGUUGCUAAUAAAAUGGUGUGAAAAUCCUUC